CAUUCCAUCACUUUCUAUCAUUUUUUAUACCAUGUGAUUUGGGCGGAAUCACAAAAUCUCUCUAGUCCGUCCUGAAAUACCCAAACAAUAGAAUGCAAUCUUUAUUUCAUUUCGCUCCAUUCCACACCGUUCAUUUGACUCCAUCCAAACAUAGCCAUAAUUUUUUCAACAUUUAUGUUCAAAAGACAAUAUCUCUGAUCCUUUAAGUUAAGAAUCCUUUACCAAGGUGAUGGAAUGGGUAAACAUGGGUUCGUCCGAAAAGUGGUCGGUGACUUAUCUUUUUUGGACUCGUCACCCUUCGCGAAACUAUUGGACUCUUGCGUUAAGUCAAAAUCUGUUUUUGAGGCGCGUCGCGUUCAUGCUCGAAUCAUUAAGACACAAUUUUCCUCAGAAAUCUUCAUUCAGAACAGGCUUAUUGAUGUUUAUGGGAAAUGCGGUUUUUUGGAGGACGCGCGCAAGGUGUUUGAUCAUAUGCUGCAAAGAAACACUUUCAGUUGGAAUGCUGUUUUAACUGCUUUGACAAAGUGUGGUGCUCUUGAUGAGGCUUUGAACUUGUUUAAGUGUAUGCCUGAGCCUGAUCAGUGUUCUUGGAAUGCUAUGGUGUCAGGUUUUGCUCAACGGGAUCGUUUUGAGGAGGCGUUGAGAUUCUUUGUUGAUAUGCAUAAGGAGGAUUUUGUGGUUAAUGAGUAUUCGGUUUGCAGUGCUCUUAGUGCUUGUGCAGGGUUGACAGAUUUGAAUAUUGGUGUUCAAAUCCAUGGUUUAAUAUCGAAGUCUCGUUAUUCGUUGGAUGUUUACAUGGGUUCGGCUCUAGUUGAUAUGUACUCAAAGUGUGGGGUGGUGGAUAGUGCUCAAAGGGCUUUUGAUGAUAUGGAUGUGAAGAAUAUAGUUUCUUGGAACAGUUUGAUUACUUGCUAUGAGCAAAAUGGUCCUGCUGGUAAAGCUCUAGAGGUUUUUGUAAGAAUGAUGAGUAAUGGGAUUGAGCCCGAUGAGAUUACUUUGGCCAGUGUGGUUAGUGCUUGUGCAAGCUUGUCAGCUAUUAGAGAAGGUUUGCAAAUUCACGCUCGUGUUAUGAGAUUGGAUAAAUUUCGGAAUGACCUUGUGUUAGGCAAUGCUUUGGUUGAUAUGUAUGCGAAGUGCAAGAGAGUUAAUGAAGCUCGAUUGGUUUUCGAUAGGAUGCCACUUAGGGAUGUGGUAUCUGAAACCUCCAUGGUUAGUGGAUAUGCAAAGGCAUCAAGUGUGAAAGCGGCGAGAUUGAUGUUUUCAAACAUGAUGGAGAGGAAUGUGGUGUCGUGGAAUGCUCUUAUUGCAGGUUAUACGCAGAACGGAGAUAAUGAAGAGGCGGUUAGACUAUUCCUCCUCCUAAAAAGGGAAUCCACCUGGCCAACUCAUUACACCUUUGGCAACUUGCUUAACGCGUGUGCAAAUCUUGCUGAUCUGAAGCUUGGAAGACAGGCACAUACUCACAUUUUGAAGCAUGGUUUUUGGUUUCAGUCAGGGGAAGAAUCUGAUAUUUUUGUAGGGAAUUCUCUUAUUGACAUGUACAUGAAAUGUGGAUUAGUUGAAGAUGGACGAUUGGUUUUUGAGCGCAUGUUAGAAAGGGAUAACGUCUCGUGGAAUGCCAUGAUAAUCGGAUUUGCGCAAAAUGGUUUUGGUACCGAGGCCCUUGAAAUUUUCAGGAAAAUGCUGGUAUCUGGAGAGAAACCAGAUCAUGUUACUAUGAUAGGAGUUCUGUCUGCAUGUAGUCAUGCAGGACUUGUUGAAGAAGGCCGACGUUACUUCCAGUCAAUGAUGACCGAUCAUGGCUUAGCACCAAUAAAGGACCAUUAUACAUGCAUGGUUGAUUUACUUGGUCGUGCUGGUUGCCUUGAUGAAGCAAACAAUUUGAUACAAACAAUGCCAAUUGAACCUGAUGCUGUUGUUUGGGGAUCAUUACUUGCUGCUUGUAAGGUUCAUGGAAACAUUACAUUAGGAAAGUAUGUGGCAGAAAAGCUCUUGGAGAUUGAUCCCUUGAACUCUGGACCAUAUGUUCUUCUUUCAAAUAUGUACGCUGAGCUUGGUAAAUGGAAAGAUGUGAUGAGAGUCCGGAAACAAAUGAGGCAAAUGGGAGUAAUAAAGCAACCUGGUUGCAGUUGGAUUGAAAUUCAGAGUCAUCUACAUGUUUUCAUGGUAAAAGAUAAAAGACACCCUCAUAAGAAGGACAUCUAUUUAAUUCUGAAAAUUCUAACAGAACAGAUGAAGCGAGUUGGCUAUGUUCCAGAAGUCGACGAUGAUGAGACUUAUGAAGAAGAAAGUGACUCUGAACUUAUUUUUCACAGUGACAUGGAAAUGGCAGUAAAUGCUGCUGUUGGAUAGGAUAUAUUUAUUUAUUUUGGCUCACAGCUUAAGCAUCCUUCCAAGAAAGUAGAAAGAUUUGAAAUCAAGCUUUCUUUUCUUAAACGUUGAGCAAAGGCUAGAUAUUUGAGAUGGUGGUUCCUUAAAAAAAAUCAAUGGAGUUAUGGUUAUUUUGGAUAAGUCAGUUAGCUACAGAGCUUUGAGCAUACUCCCCAGUUUGUUGUUUCUACUAGCUUCAAUACAUAAGAGAAUGAACACAUCCUGUAUAGCACCACAUGAACACUUGGCUAUUGGCCUUCAGGGAUUUUAAAACUACGAUGAAAAGGAAUAGCGGGAUAUAUGAGCAGUGAAUAUUCUCAGUAUGUUUCCUAAUUGCUUCACUGCCAUGCUAUCCUUUAGUUAGUUUUAUGCUACCAUUUUGUAUUUCAUACGAGGAAUAUAGAUUGUAAUCGAAAUUAGGCUUUUGAACGAACAAGACUGUGAAAGGCUCUUAUUAUUGUGUUAAGUUAUUUAGCAGCCACAAUGUUUAACAAAAAAUACAGAAUCAUAUUAAGC